UCACUCUACUCUAUUCGCUCGUGUGCGAACCACCGGUGAGGAAAGUCUCCCACAGUCCGUGAAGGCAGCAGCGCAGCCAGCUCCAGUCAGGAGGGGAGUGGGCAGCAGGAGAUGGCCGACUGAAGACAGCUUUACCCCCGCACCUUCGUCGGCUACGUUCCCUUCUAGAUAACACAUUUUCGGAAGUGAAGUGGGGAAGAGGACGCGUUAAAUCUCUCUCUCCCCUUCCACUAUGGCGGAACAAAACAGCAACGUCAGAUAUCAGGAGCUGGUGAACGAGGAGGAGCCAUCCCAGGAGGGUCCGGCCCAGGACGCACCACCGCCCUACAGCAGCAUUACUGCAGCGAAUGCAGCUUUCUUUGAAUACAAGGAAGAUGGAGGAAGAUUUCCCAACCCUCCGUCGUACAGUGUUGCCACCACUCUGCCCUCAUACGAUGAGGCUGAGAGAAGCAAAGCAGAGGCCACUGUCCCUCUGGUCACUGGAAGAGUCACGGAGGAUGACUUUGUGGCCAGAGAUGACUUUGAAGAUGCUGAUCAGCUGCGAAUAGGAAAUGACGGGAUCUUCAUGCUCACGUUCUUCAUGGCUUUCCUUUUCAACUGGAUUGGCUUCUUCCUGUCGUUCUGUUUGACCACGUCAGCCGCCGGUCGAUAUGGAGCCAUCUCUGGCUUCGGCCUGUCCCUCAUCAAAUGGGUUCUUAUUGUCAGGUUUUCCACCUACUUCCCUGGUUACUUUGACGGACAGUACUGGCUCUGGUGGGUGUUCCUGGCACUGGGCUUCAUGCUGUUCAUCAGAGGCUUCGUGAACUACUCCAGAGUGAGGAAAUUAGCUGAUCCCGCCUAUGCUACUCUUCCCCGAACAAGGGUACUCUUCAUCUAUUAGAGGACGGUGGAUGUGGAAGAACUGGACACCAUCAACAAAAGAAGUGACUCUGUGACGAGUCCGAAUAAACUGAAGACAAUUAACACGAGAAAUCCACCAGACGAGUUAUAGAUGAAGACGACUCUCUGUAAAAUAUUCAGGAAUUAUAUCACUUCUUUUAUUUUGUUUUUGAAAUUUUAUUAAUGGAAAAGAAAAUGUUAACGGUAAUAGUCCCUCAGUGUACUCAUUAGUGGUGAAUGUUAAGUGCUAAUUACAUCUCAGUCUGUAAUGUAAAAGUAAUGCCUUAUAUCAUUUGAUGGUAGCAUACAAGCAUGCAUCUGCCCUUAAGGUCAAUAAAUGGAGAGAGUCUCAUGUUGGUGACACUUGAAGCCAACAGGUAUGAAUUAAUACAGCACUCUGUAGACUCGUCAUAGCAUGUAACACACUUUGUAAUCUGCACUUAAGGUUUUAUUGCAACUAUUAUAAGAUGUUUUUAGACGCCACCUCCACGUAGAUAUUCAACUUUAAUUAUUAGAUGGUGAAUGCAAAUCUACGCAUCACACUCCCCUGAUGGCUUUAAGUAGUGUGGCCCUCUUUAUCCAGAAGGGGGCAGUGUUGUUCUCUAAUUGAAGAGAGGAGAGCUGUUUAUCAAGGGCAUCAUCAUUAUUAAAAAAUUCAUGCUUGUGAUUCAAAUGCAGCGUCGGCGGAGCACAGAAAUGACAGCCACACGUCCGAUGUUAUGAUUUAUGCCUGUUAAAUUUUUUGAUGUAAAUCAAGUUAAAGUAUCCACCUUGGAAAACGAGUUUAAGUUACAGAUAUGAUCUUGGGUAAGGCCACAUUCUCUAAAAAAGAAGACAACAUGUAAUUUAAAACCAGACGACAACAAAUGUCAAGUGACAAACCCUCUCGAGUGGACGCUGACAGUGAUUGGACACUGAUUAAUUUUUUUUCUGGACGGUGACAACAACCUGAGAUGAUUUUUCUGGGCGUGCGAGCACAUUUUCUGGUUCACGUCCUUAAAAAGCUCAUUUAGAUGCAACAGCGUGACCUCUCCACGACUCCUCGGUGAGUCAGUGGAGUCGGCAUCACAUUAACUGUCAGUGGAAAAGCUCUGUGAUUACAGAAGAGAGUCUUUGGCUGUCAGGAUUUCAGCUGUUAAUGAUCUUGCUGCGUGUUCGGAUCACAUUCUCUAAAACCAUUAAAGGAAAUCUCAAACUCCUUUUCCAGCUGGUUUUUUGCCGUAAGAUUUAAUUGACAGAUGGGGGGGGGGCAAAUCUGGCGAAGGGCUUGUUAUGAUCUAUUUUUUUUAAGUAAAGUCUUCACCAGGUGUAACAUGUUAGCUAUAUUGUGGGUAUUAGAUGUAUAUCAAAGAAUGUUGUAUGCAGGUGCACUUUUAGAAACAUAGCUGAUAAAAUCCAAAGGAUGCUCCCAUCAAAUCUCAAAUGUAUAGAUCAUGAAAUAAAUGACGCAGCGGUGCAGGAUUUAGUUUCUGGAUUUUUUAUAAUCUGGAGGGAACGGCACGUCAGGAUAAUAAUCUCUUUCAUGAUGACAGAUAAAUUCAGACUUCUCCCACAACUUUGAUUCAGACUCAUUAUGCUUAUUUCUGUGAUGUAGAGCUGCAGCCUUUGGGGUUUUGUUGUUAUGAAACUGUACAGAAAACGUUUAGUGUUAAAUAAAUGUCACUUUUAACGAGUCA